AUGUGCUCCCGCGGGUCUUGCCAUGACUACGAGUCCUCCUGCCACGGAUCCCGCUCCUCCUGCCACUCGGGCCCCUCGUGCCACUACACCAUCCAGAGGCAGCCUGUGCAGAAGUUCAGCUACGUGACACCCUGCUGCCCCCCGGUGCAGCCCUGCUACCCUCCCGUGCAGCGUUACUGCCCCCCAAUGCAGCGUUACUGCCCCCCAGUGCAGCGUUACUGUCCCCCAGUCUGCCCCCAGGUCACCAAGAACAUCUGCAAGCUGCCACCGUGCUACCCCAAGUACUGAGGGCAGGAUCCAGCCCCUGGAUGCACCAGUUUGCUCCUCGCCUGCAGCUUCCAGCUCGUCCCAGCUCUCGUGGCUCUGCAGCUUUGCCACUUCUCUCCAAGAAAAACCUCCUAAAACUGCCAGAGGUGAUGCAGUUUUAGGAUGAAACCUCUCGGUUUGAGGAGCUCUGAGCUGUUUCUCUUUCCUCUGCCAGCUGCUGGGAAUGGUUCCCUUCUUGCUUUGCUGCUUCGUCCUCCAGCAAGACAAUAAAAAUGGUGUUUCAAGCCAAAAGAACA